AUGAGUGCAAUUCGUGAAGAGGGCGCAGAUGCAGAACCCAUCAGGGUCCUCUUCACUCUCCACAACAACAUGAACGCCCUGGACUUUGUUGGCCCUCUUGAAGUCCUCGGCAUGGCUCUGAACGAUGUCAACGAUAAUGAAGACAAAGCCUUCGACUGCGAAUUCGUCGGUCCAGGCGAGAAUGUGAUGUCCGCCAGCGGCACCUCCUUCCGUUCCCACAUGACCUACAAAGACGCCUACAAGCAACUGAAAGACUUCGACGUCCUCGUCGUCUCCGGCGGAAAUUGGGAACACGUCACCAAGAACAAGGAAGAACCACUCGGCCUCAUCAGAGCAUUCGCCGAUCUCCAAGAACACAACGCUCAGAAGGAACGCACCAUCCUCUCCGUAGACACCGGAUCUCUCUUCCUGGCCGCCGAAGGCAUUCUACAGGGCCUAAGUGCAACCACCCACCCAUCAAACUACAUCAACCUCGAGAUCCUCGCACAGGAAUCAGCCCAGAAAGACCUCGAUACUCGUACAGAAGUCGUCGAAGGUGAACGAUACGUCGUCAACCAAGGCCGUUUCGACCUCGGCGACAACCUCGAAGACAACCCGUAUGUCUUCCGUAAGAACCCUGCUCGCAAAGGAAGCAUAGGCGGACCAGUCCGAAAAGGCAGCGAGGCACGAAAGAUGUCCAAUGCACGAAGAGAGAGUAUUGUCCGACGAAGCACGAUGAGACUGGGCGGUAUGCGAGUCGUGACUGCCGCUGGCUCCACUUGCGGAAUUGACGCGGCCAUGUACCUUGUCUCGGCUCUUGUGAGCUUCGAGUCUGCGCAGCACAUCAGUGACAAGAUGCAGUAUGAGUGGAAGAAGGGUCUUGUUGUGGAUAGUAUCGACGUUUGA